AUGAGGAAACCGAAGCCAGAACCUAGGGAUGCUGCCGAUAUCCCUCCGUCAAAUCCUGAGGACCCUAUUGACUUAGAGUCAAGUCCGGAGCAUUUAUUGAGAAAGAAAGCAGGAAAAAGAAAACAAACUGAUGUUGAGGCUGAAGGUCAGCCUGCAAAGAAAGUUCAGAAGAAGAAAAUCACCAGAAAAGGCAAUCUUGAUGCCUUUAUUGCGAAACCUGUUCUUGAAAAGCCAAGUGCUCCUGUUUUUGCGGAGCCAUCAUCUGUGGUUAAUGAGGAGCUCCCGCCUUCUCCUCCUCAUGCCCUUGUUAACGAGCAAUUAGGGAGCACUGAGACUGCUGAUAAUGAGGCGAAAAAGACUGAUGGGGCAGAGAACCCUGAGGCUGAAAAACCUGCUGAUGUUGCUGUGGAUGCGGGAAAAAUUACCAGCCCGGAGGCUGUGGAUGUUAGUGCUGAUCAUCCACAAACUCCUGAAUUUGUUGCUCAAGACCCGGAGAAAGGGAAAUCUGCUCAAGAGAUCCCUAUAACAACUUCUCCUUCUGCGGCUUCUGGUUUUAUGCCUGAGAAUAAUGAGAAGGUCUCUGCUGAGGACCAAGGGUGGAAGAGAAAAGCAGAAGCUGAAGCUGCCCUUCUUUCCAAGGAGCACAAAAAUUGGAAAGAAAUUUGCGAGAAAAAUAAUGCUGAGAAGAUGGGUCUCCGCAAUGUUAUCAACAACCUUAAGGCUGAAGUUGAGAAGUUGAAGAAACAAGAUGCGGAGAUCGAGAAAUUGGAGAAAGAAAAAGCUGAAGCUAAAGCCGCGCGGGAUGAGGUCCGUUCUCACAGGGAAAGGAAUGAACAAAGAGAGGUACAUACCUGCGCUACUCUUGCUCUUAGAGAUAAGGAGAUAGAGGAUCUUAUUGCUUUAUUAUCUGAGCAGGAACAACUUAAAGCGGAGGUUGAGGCUGCCAAAAAAGAUUUAAACCUUGAACGGACCAAACAAGUUGAAACUUCCCGCCGUCUUACUGAAAUAGAAGACAAGUUAGAGAACUCUGAAACUGCGCGAGCAACGGCGGAGAGUGAGCUUGAACCGUUGAAGAGUGAUAUGUUGUGGUUGAAAGAGCACGGUACUGCAAGCGUUGCUGAAUCAGUUCUUAACUCUGAAGAACUAGACAAAACAGUGGCGCAUCUGUUGGUUGCUUCACAGAAUGAUGGUUACGCCCAAGGGUACGCGGAAUGUUCUCACCAUGUGGUUAACGCUUUGAAGGUUGAAUGGGAUACUAGCAAGUCUGCACCCAUGUCUGAGGACCGUGUGGCGCAGUUGAAAGAAAUCUUCCCAGAUAGAGAAGAAGAUGAGGAUGAAGACCUAGCUUAG